AUGAUGGUGUUGGUGGUGGCGGCGGUGGUAAUGGCGACGAUGACGGUGAUAGUGGUUGUGGCGGAAGCGCUGGAGGUCGUUGGGGCGGUGGUGGUCGGUGGGGAGGUGGUGGUAGCGACAAUGGUGGCGUUGGUGGUGGGCGAUGGUGGUGGCAACGACGAUGGUAGUGGCAGCGAUGGUGGCAACGGCGGCGGUGAUAGUGGUUGUGGUGGCAACAGUGGUGGUGGUGGUGGUCGGUGGGGCAACAGCGGUGGUGGUGGUGGCGGUGGUGAUAGCUGCGGUGGUUAG